AAAAUUCUUACUUGGAGCGCAGGAAUUUUUAACUCCAAGAACCUCGGUGAAAGAACGACCAAUUCUGACAGAUGUAUAAUUGGUGUACAAAGAGAGCGAUCUUUAACAUGAAAAUCUUGGUCUUUGUUUUGCUGACUUUACCUUAUGACGCGAGGUCUCUCAACCUUGGAGGUCACGUUUGUCAAAAAAUGUGGAACGACGCUGAAAAUAAUCUGAUUAUUCCUGGAGAAUUAGCUGUUAAUGAGGGAAAUAACUUAGAUCCAGUGUUCACAUUGGUGCACGGAGCAGGGGCUCAGGGGUACCAAAAACUCCAAAGCGAAGAGUUCACCCGAUUUCAUGAUAUAUUGGUCGACUAUCAAGCUCAAGCUUACAUUCUUAAUCAACAGCACAUAAAUGACUUCAUCAGUGCAAUAACCCAACCCUGUGGACCUGUGGAAGCGGCAUUCAGCUACCUGAAAACUCAAGCGAACGCACUGCCUGUUGGCGUGACAACCUUAGAUCAGUUCAGAACCACCUUGAAAAGUCUGUGGUUUACCAACAGCAAUGGCUUUAGGCAUGUAUUUGUUGGGGAACAGUUCCAGCACAAAGUCCCAAACGAAAUCCGUUACAAAGGAUUUCAAAACUGGUACCAGUACUACACCGAAGAGAAUAGACCGAAAGUGAUAGAGAAACAGAAUCCACCGACAUUCGUUAUGGACAAAAGGCCAACCUUUAUAAGGGAUCUUAAAUUCAAAUGGAGAGGGAAGAGUAAGCAAGGAUCUACAGACAACCGUAUGUUUGUUGGAACCAGCCCAUCUUUCGAAUUGGCCUUAUUCACCACUUGCCUCCUCAAAGGACGCGGAAUUGCUGGAGGAGUACAUCCACCUCCGGGACCGUAUAGGACAACCAACUGUGAUUGCACCAUCCAUGUGCCUGGAAUUGGGGACAGCACAGUAGAAGUAAAGACCGUCGAGAACCAAAAUGGCAAGGUCGUUACAGCUGUCCCUACAAAUGUCCAGUCUCUCUACCUUGGAGGUCAUGUUUGUCAAAAUAUAUGGGAUAGUGCUAAAAACAAUCUGCUGCUUCCUGGAGAAUUAGCUGUUAAUGAGGGAAAUUACCAAAAAGCGUUGUUCAUGUUGGUGAAAGGAGGAGGAUCACUAGGAGAUCAAAAACUUCAAAGUGACGUCUUUACCAGCUUUCAUGAUUCAUGUUCUGCAAUGUGUAUUUUUUUACAGUUUUCUUUUAGUCGAUCCACAUUUCAUAGGCUUGAAAUGGGUCUAGUUGUUUUGAGAGAUUUAUUAGUUGACUUUCAAGCUCCCCCCCUGAGGUUUGAUCAGCACCAUAUAAAUGCCUUCAUCACCGCAGUAACCCAACCAGGCGGACCCGGGGAAGCGGCAUUCAACUACUUGAAAACUCAAGCGAACGCACUUCCUCAUGGCGUGACUACUACCAUGCCACAGUUUAGACAUCUCUUAAAACAAAUGUGGUUCUCGAACAGCCACGGCUUUAAACAUGUUUUUGUUGGAAAUAAAUUUCCAGCUUCCAACGAAUACAACGGAUUUCACAACUGGUACCAGUUCUACACGGAAGAAGUUAGAGGCAAAACAGGGAUAAUCUGUCUACCGAAUGUCGAGGCGAACAAACGGCCUUAUUUCCUGAGUGAUCUCUUGUUCACAUGGAGAGGGGCAAAAAAAGCCAACCCGAGCAGCAUGUUUGUUGGAACAAGCCCAGCGUUUGAUUUGGCCUUGUUCACCACUUGCUUCCUUAAAGGACGCGGAGCUGGCAGAUGGUAUUUUCCGAUGGGACGGCCAAUAUCAACCUACUGUCAGUGCGAUAUAGAUACGCCUGGGAUCGGAACGAGCAGAGUAGAGGUUACAACCGUCGAGAACCGUUUUGGCAAGGUCGUCACAGCCUAUCCAACAGCUGUUUAUUAGAGAUAAAUGGCAUUUGAGGAUGAUGAAAGUUGUCAGGGUCAUUGUAAACCAAACAUCAUAUAAGGCCGGUGUAGUCCGGUCUAAGCUCUUUGUCAUUGGAACCGAGCGAUAGUGAGGGCCAACGACAUCUUUCGGUUGCCUUCCGCCAUUUUUUCCUCCCGCUUUUGUCUUCUCUCUUCCAGUCAAAGGAGAACCUGGAACAGGCUACACAAAGGAUAUUCAUGAUUUAAAACCUCAAACCAAACGGUAAUGAAAUAAAAUCAAAGGUCUUUGACCAUCAA